CCGCAGGCAGGACCAUGCCCCGCCAGCUGCUCUCAGGGACCGUGCUGCUGGGAGCCGCCCUCCUGCUCGCAGGAUCUAGUUCAGGAUCAAAACUAAAAGUUCCUGAGCUGAGUAUAAAUGGCAUACAGCACGUUGUUCAAGCCGGCCAGACUUUAAAUCUCACCUGCAGGGGGGAAAUGGUUCAUUCAUGGUCUUUGCCUGAAACUCUUAGCAAGGAUAGCAAAAGGCUGAAAGUAAUUAAAUAUGCCUGUGGAAGGAAUGGGAAGCAGUCCUGCAGCAGUCUGACCUUGAGCAGAACUCAAGCGAGUGACACUGGAAAUUAUAGCUGCAAAUACCCCACAAGUCCAGCAAAAAAGAAGAAGGAAUCUACAGUCUAUGUAUUUAUUAACGAUACAAGCAAUCCAUUUGUAGAGAUGCACAGUGAUAUACCCAAAAUAAUAAACAUGGCUGUAGGAAGAGAAAUGAUCAUUCCAUGCAGAGUCACAGAUCCAAACAUUGCUGUUACUUUAAAAAAGAUUCCACGAGAAACCCUAAUCCCUGAUGGCAGGACAAUAAUCUGGGACAGCAUGCAAGGCUUCAGAAUACCUAAGGCAACUUACAAAUUCAUCGGGCUCCUGAGCUGUGAGACAACCGUGGCUGGGCACACGUACAGCACCAAGUACCUAACACACAGAGAAACCAACACCAUUUUUGACGUUCAGUUAAGCACCCCACGUCUCGUCAAGCUGCUGAAGGGAGACAGCCUAGCAAUUAACUGCACUGUCACUGCAGCCUGGAACACCAGAGUGCAGAUGACAUGGACUUACCCUGGAGAGACAAGGAGAAGAGGUUCUGUAACGCAGCGUAUUGACCAGAAGAAUUCAGAGGCCAACAUUUUUUACAGUCUCCUCGUUGUGGACAGAGUGCGGGACAUCGAUAAAGGCCAGUACACCUGCCACGUGAAGAGUGGGCCAUCCAUCAAGGCUGUCAACACAACAGUCAUUGUCUAUGAUAAAAUGUUCAUUAAUUUGAAACGUCGAAGAAAAACUGCGCUGGAGGCUGUAGCUGGAAGAAAAUCCUAUCGUUUGUCAAUGAAAGUGAAGGCAUUUCCCUCUCCAGAGGUUAUAUGGUUAAAAGAUGGGCUACCUGCUGCUGAGAAAUGUGCCCGGUACGUGGUUAAAGACUAUUCGUUAGUCAUCAAGGAUGUUGCUGAGGAGGAUGCUGGAAACUACACCAUAAUACUGAGCAUUCCACAGUGGAACUUGUCAAAGAAUCUUACAGUCACUCUUACUGUAAAUGUGAAACCGCAGAUAUACGAAAAGGCUGUGUCAUCAUUCCCUGAUCCCAAUCUGCAUUUACUAGGCAGCAAACAAGUGCUGACAUGCACUGUGUAUGGUAUUCCUCCACCUAAAAUUACAUGGAUGUGGUUUCCCUGUAAACAAAACCAUUCUAAAACAAGGCAUGGAUUUUGCUUUUAUACUGAAGGAUCUUUCAUCCUGAAAGCUGGCAGCCACGUAGGAAACAGGAUCCAGAGCAUCACUGAGAGAACGGCUGUAAUAGAGGGCAAAAAUAAGACUGCUAGCACUCUUGUUGUAGCUGAAGCCAAAUCGUCAGGAAUCUACAGCUGUGUGGCAUCCAACAAAGUGGGAAAAUCUGAAAGAAAUGUCAGUUUUAUUGUAACAGAUGUACCAAGUGGAUUCCAUAUUAGUUUGGAAAGAAUGCCUAUUGAAGGAGAGAACUUGGUAUUGUCCUGUUCGGCCAACAAAUUCCUGUACAAAGACAUUGCUUGGAUUUUACCCAGGACAGUCAACAAUCAAACGAAAGCAAAGAAGUCUCACAACAGGGAGUACUCCAUCACCCUCACUCUGACCAUCAAAAACGUUUCCCUGGCACACUCAGGCACCUAUGCCUGCCGAGCAAGGAACAUAUACACGGGGAAAGAAGUGCUUCAACAGAAAGACGUUACAAUCAGAGCUCAAGAGGCACCAGCCCUGCUGCGGCAGCUUUCGGAUCAGACAGUGAACGCCAGUAACUCUGCCAUGUUGGAGUGCCAGGCUCGUGGUAUUCCUGAGCCCCACAUAUCCUGGUUUAAAAACCAUGAGGAAAUACAGCAAGAACCAGGAAUAAUUUUAGGGCCUGGAAGCCGAAUGCUGUUUAUUGAAAGAGUAAAAGAGGAGGAUGAAGGACUUUACCAGUGUAUAGCCACCAACUUGAAAGGGUCCGUGGAGAGUGCGGCGUAUGUCACGGUACAAGGCAUAUCAGAGAGGUCAAACCUGGAGCUGAUAACUCUGACCUGUACCUGUGUGGCUGCGACGCUGUUCUGGCUCCUGUUGACCCUCUUCAUUCGCAAGCUGAAGAGGCCUCGUUCCUCUGAAAUGAAGACCAACCAUUACCUAUCAAUCAUCAUGGAUCCUGAUGAAGUCCCCUUAGAUGAGCAAUGUGAACGUCUACCUUAUGAUGCCAGCAAGUGGGAAAUCGCAAGAGAAAGGCUAAAACUAGGAAAGUCUCUUGGACAUGGAGCUUUCGGAAAGGUGGUACAAGCAUCUGCCUUUGGAAUUAGGAAAUCACCAACAUGCAGAAUAGUUGCUGUGAAAAUGUUGAAAGCAGAAGGGGCCACAGCAAGUGAGUACAAAGCACUGAUGACAGAGCUGAAAAUCCUAAUCCACAUUGGUCAUCAUCUCAACAUUGUGAAUUUGUUGGGAGCUUGCACAAAAAAUGGAGGGCCUCUGAUGGUGAUUGUUGAAUACUGCAAGUAUGGGAAUUUAUCAAACUACCUGAAGAGCAAAAGGAAUCUUUUCUGCCCUAACAAGGACUCCUCUCUGCAGGGAGAGCCAAUGAAAGACAAAAAGGAUAUUGAACCAGUGGAAAGCAAAAAACAAAGGCUGGCCAGUGUCACCAGCAGGGAGAGCUUGGCCAGCUCUGGGUUCCAGGAAGAUAAAAGUCUGACUGAUGUGGAGGAGGACGAGGAGGAUGCCGAUGACCUGUACAAGUUGCCCCUCACUAUGGAGGACCUGAUCUCUUACAGCUUUCAGGUGGCCAGAGGCAUGGAGUUCCUCUCCUCCAGAAAGUGCAUUCAUCGUGACCUGGCAGCCAGAAACAUCCUUUUAUCUGAGAACAAUGUUGUGAAGAUCUGUGAUUUUGGCCUUGCAAGAGAUAUUUAUAAGAAUCCUGAUUAUGUGAGAAAAGGAGAUGCUCGACUUCCUCUCAAGUGGAUGGCUCCUGAAUCCAUAUUUGAUAAAAUCUACAAUACAAAAAGCGACGUGUGGUCCUUUGGGGUCUUGCUGUGGGAGAUAUUUUCCUUGGGUGCCUCUCCUUACCCUGGAGUCCAAAUAGACGAGGAUUUCUGCAGCAGGCUGAAGGAAGGCACAAGAAUGCGAGCCCCAGAGCAAGCGACCGAGGAGAUUUACCAAAUCAUGCUGGACUGCUGGCAGAGCAAUCCCAACGACAGGCCACGGUUCUCCGAGCUGGUGAAAAAGCUGGGUGACCUGCUGCAAGCAAAUGUCCAGCAGGAAGGUAAAGACUACAUACCCCUCAGCACAAUAUUUACAACAGAAAAUGGGUCUCCCCCUGCAUCUGAUGCUUUGUGCAAUGAAAAUUUUCCUGUUACAAGCUCAAGCUGUGGAAGCACCGAAAAUGUCAGAUACAUAAACACUUUCAAAAUAAACCCCCCCCAGCGCAUAAAGACAUUUGAAGAGCUUCCCAUGAAGGAAACGCUUGUAUUUAAUGAUUAUCAAGCAGACAGUGGGAUGGUGCUGGCUCCAGAGGAAUUGAAACGCUUCACAUGGACAGGCAGCAAGCAGAAACGGACACUCUUUGGCAUUAAAGGUGCCAGCAGGAGCAAGGAGUCAGUGCUUUCUGGAGUAACCAAGCCAAGAAGCUUCUGCAGUUUCAGCUGUGACCAGCUCAGUGACUCCAAGCGAAGACACACCUGUGGUUAUGCGAUGCUGGAGAAAAUGAUUGCCAGCCGCUCUCCUCCUCCUGACUACAACUCUGUUGUCCAUUAUUCUCAGCCACCGGUUUAAGUACUUCUAGGCCAAGUAAACAUGCAGGCUCUUGGGAAACACUGUCAGUUUAAAAACUCUGAUCCAAAUUAUUUCAAUUAUCAUAAAACUUGAGAAGUUAUCAUUGGCUUAAUCCCAGAGAUCUGCUUUUCUACAGACUGCAGCACACGUAUUCAAAAUAGAGCAAAAUAUUAUUGCUUAAACCUUGACUUUCCCAAAUGCUCAACACCAAUAGCUUUCGCUAAAAAUGCUGAGCGCUUCUGCAUCCAGGAAAACCUGGAAGGCCAUUAUUACAGCCUCUGCUCAGACUCACUUCUGUCCUGACUGGGAGAGGCAGCUGGGAGCCCUAGAGAGCCAGGAAUCUGCACAGGCACUGAGGUAUUCGCAUCCCAUGGCUGGGGUGUGUGUUGUGUUGGAAAAUAAAGGAGCCUUCAAGAAGAUAGAAACUAGAAAGACCACAAACUAUAUUUUUUAUGAAAACUACUUUGAGAAACUUG